UUCACCAAAUUCUAACUAUGAUUCUCAGAGAUGAGACCGACAGCCGACGGGUGAAGUACAGUUGAUUGGCAAAUCUAUCUCCCUGUAAACAUCCUGCAUCUACCACAGAGUGCACCAUUCGGAACGUUUCUAUUCAAACCUUUUCGCGGCGCGUAAGAACAGAGCAACGAGAACAACUUUUCGGGAUUGCGUUUAAACGUUCCGGAUAGUUGGAACGAAAACUUAAAUCCCAGAACAGCGUAAAGGGUCAGUGUUGUUUAGUAUGACGGUCAAUCGAGCCUCAAGUUUGUCAAGAGAACUUUUAUUUGUAUGCAGCAAAAAGUAGACCACAUAUCAGCAAGAGAAGAGCUCUUCAUGCGCGACUGAUUAGACAAAUAUCCUUGUUUCCAGAAAAAGACAAGGUCAUUUGUGUAUUUUGCGGCGUAUGGAAAGAGCCAUGCAAACAACUUUCAAAGAGACCGUAUUUCUUCUUCAGUCAGGACGCGGCACACUUUAUUGAUUGUCGACUCUAAGAGACAUUAACUUUGAGAGCUUGUUUAUGGAUUUCUGUGUAGAGGUACACUACAAGGUUCCAUUCUUACGUAAUGGUCAUGUUGUUGACAUACUGUCUUAGUAAACUUUGUUAGGAGUUUACAGAAAAAAAAGGCUACAUCCACCACGGGUGACUUCAUGUAAAGAGAUUAGCCUAUAUAUUUAAAAAAUAUACAACAUAGUUUCAUUUCUGGAGGAAGUGGGAAGCGCCUUUUCGCCCUGCCUUGUUUUCCCAAGACGUCAGAACGGAUCUUUAUCUCCUCCCCGCGCUACGGAGUCGGACUCUAUCUGUGGGUUAACCAAAGUGUUUAGGAUAGCAUGGCAAUGGUAGUAAACCAGUGGCAAGAGAACAUUUCGGCGGAUCCCGGAUCCCAGCUCCAGAUUUGCAGUCAGGAGCAAGGUGGGACACCGGGAACCCCCAAUGGUUCCACCCCGGGAAACGAUACUCUUUCCGGGGACAAGAUCCCCAACGUGGACUGCAUGGUGUGCGGAGAUAAGUCCAGUGGCAAGCACUAUGGCCAGUUCACUUGCGAGGGCUGCAAAAGCUUUUUCAAGCGAUCUGUGAGAAGAAACCUCAGUUACACCUGCCGUGGAAACCGCGACUGCCCCAUCGACCAACAUCAUCGGAACCAGUGCCAGUACUGCCGACUCAAGAAGUGCCUAAAAGUCGGCAUGAGAAGAGAAGCUGUCCAGAGAGGCCGCAUGUCCAACUCUCAGUCCAGCCCGGGUCAGUAUUUGACCAAUGGCAGCGACCCAUACAACAGCCAGCCCUACCUAUCAGGUUUCAUCUCUUUGCUCCUGCGUGCCGAGCCCUACCCUACGUCCCGUUAUGGAGCCCAGUGCAUGCAGGGAAACAACCUGAUGGGCAUUGAGAACAUCUGUGAGUUGGCGGCCCGGUUGCUCUUCAGCGCGGUGGAGUGGGCCAAGAACAUCCCCUUCUUCCCCGACCUUCAGCUCAUGGACCAGGUGGCGCUGCUGCGCAUGUCGUGGAGCGAGCUCUUUGUGCUGAACGCCGCGCAGUGCUCCAUGCCCCUGCACGUGGCGCCCCUGCUGGCGGCGGCCGGCCUGCACGCCUCGCCCAUGUCCGCGGAGCGCGUGGUCGCCUUCAUGGACCACAUCCGUGUGUUCCAAGAGCAGGUGGAGAAGCUCAAGGCCCUGCAGGUGGACACGGCCGAGUACUCCUGCCUCAAGUCCAUCGUGCUCUUCACUUCCGAUGCCAUGGGUCUGUCAGACGUGGCUCACGUGGAGAGCAUCCAGGAGAAGUCCCAGUGUGCCCUGGAAGAGUAUGUCCGGAACCAGUACCCCAGCCAGCCCAACCGCUUCGGCCGCCUCCUCCUCCGCCUGCCCUCGCUGCGCAUCGUCUCGUCGCCUGUCAUCGAGCAGCUCUUCUUCGUGCGCCUGGUGGGCAAGACCCCCAUCGAGACGCUGCUGCGCGACAUGCUGCUGUCCGGCUCCAGCUACAACUGGCCCUACAUGCCCGCGGUGCAGCGCGACCGGCCCAUCUCCCUCCACUACAACGAGAACGGGCCCUGAGAAGGGAAGAGGAAGGAGUAGUCGCGGGAAUCAGGCCCAAACCGUGUUUUCGGUCAUCCGUCUCUUGCUCCCUCUGGCCUCCUUGUCCGGCUCCUCAGUAUUUCCCAAUCCACUAACCUCACUUCCCCUUCUGAAACCUAGUCUUGACCAGCUGACCACCACCACGAUACUCCUGGCCAGCCACAGUUAACCCAUCCAGCCAAUCACAUGCCUCUUCUUGGAGGAGGGGGCCACGGCCUAAUAGAGAAAGUGCCGGCGACACAUGACAUGAGACAGACUGAGUGGUGAACGGAAGUUAUUGAGCUGUUUGCUAGUCGGUCUGUUGGACUCAAGAUGGUUGUCACUAGAUCUGAAAUGUUGCUAGCUACUCUUUUGUCAAUCUCGCAUUUAAAGGGAUUGUGUCCAAGAAUCCUCCACAGUAUGGUAAGACAGCAAGACCUUUGCCUGAUUGAACUUCUCAACCCACAGUGUCAGGCCCAAGAUUUGCUAUUAACAUUUUUUGGACGAAAACCAGAAGCCAUUAAAAAAAAAAAGAUGCCAAAUUUCCUUGGACUUCUCCGAAGACAUUAUUGUGUGUGUAUUAGCACUGUUUGUAUUGAGAGAAAAACUCAUGAUUGUGUUCAAAUGUAUGUCAUGGAAUUAUACAGUAGGCAUCCACAGAGAAGGUGUUUGAUGGGGAAAAGCUCAGGUUUGAGGGUUGGGGGAUAGACGAACGUGCCAAUAUUAGUAGGACAAACAGACAUGCCUCACCAGAGGCAGAACACACUUAUAAGCAGCCCGUGCCAAAGCUGAAAAAUUGACAUUGUUUGGAAUAUUUUUUUGGUUGUGUUGGUGACAAAAGAAACUUUUGGUUUGUCUAUGAUUGACUUUUGACUUCUAUUUAGAUCUCUGAGGAAGUAAGAGUUUGUAAAAAAAUAAAUAAUAAUAGGCACUUGCAUUGUGAAAUUAGCCCGAGCUCACACUCCAGCCAAAACACAGCACUGGUAGAUUGUCACUCAGAUGCCAUUUUGGAAGGAUGGGAAACUUACAGGACCACAAGCAUGUCGUUCCAGUGUUACCUUUGUCUGUUAAUGUUUAUAACCGAGAAGAGUAACACUCAGGGUACUAAAAUGCCCACAAAGUGCUGUCAUAGGAAUGAUAUAACACAUUUUUAGAUUGUUUUCAGUCCUAAUUGUCAGCCCACUGCAGCUGCCAUUGUUACCAGUCCAAUUCUGAGCAUUUUAAAACUGAAAAUUAGCUGGACUUGCCUUAGAACAAAGAUUUUGUCACUGAGCAUUUAUUUUAUGACUGUGCCAUAAUCUGUUGUUACCUGUUAUAACAGGCAUUAGGACCUCCUUAUGACACUGUCAUGGUAGGCCACCCACUGCAACUUCAGUGUCACUCGAGAAAGCAGGAUACAGUACUAUAGCAAAACGUAUCAUUAACCUCCAAACCUCUAGUAAAGUACACCCCCCCCCCUCACCCCUCCGCAGUGGUGGAUUUUUACUGUGACUUGUAUCUUAUUUUUUAUUUUUUUUACAGUCAGGCUACAAGACAUAUUUGAUUGUUUGGAGUGUAAUCUCAAGCUUUGAACAUGGCACUCUGGUAACAGCAACAAUAGUUUUGGGAUUUGAAAGCCAUUUGGGACCUUAGAGAUCAGGACAGUCUGUUGAUAAAGUUAGUUCACAUAAUAUUUCUAUGAGAGUAUGUUGUUUUUUUUCUCUAUUUUUGUUUGGAAAAAUGGAUACAUUAAUUGAAAUAAAAAAUCAGUUGUUCACAGUG